GAACAUUUCAACCAAGUUGGAAGGUGAGAAAGUUCAUCAUGUGGACUCUCAUUUUCCUUUGCAUUGUGCUCGCCACACAAGAUGCCAGUGCAACUGGAGCCGAAAAGCUGAGAGCUUAUUACACAGAAACAGCUUAUACAGAAGCCGCUACAGAACAGCCUUCAUGUCGCUACAACUGUGGUUACGACAUGGGAAGCUGCUCCUGCACAAGCCACUGUGAAUACUAUGGCAACUGUUGCUAUGACUACAGCUCUCAUUGCCAGACGACAACCGGUGAAUCUGCAACUGCUCAGCCUUCUUGUCGCUACAACUGUGGCAGUCACCUAGGAAGCUGCUCCUGUUCCAGCUCUUGCCAAUACUAUGGCAACUGUUGCUAUGACUACAGCUCUUAUUGCCAGACGACAACCGGUGAACCUGCAACUGCUCAGCCUUCUUGUCGCUACAACUGUGGCAGUCACCUAGGAAGCUGCUCCUGUUCAAGCUCUUGCCAAUACUAUGGCAACUGUUGCUAUGACUACAGCUGGCAAUGUUCAUCUACCGCGGAGUCUCCUGCCACAACUCAGUCUUCAUGUCAGUACAACUGUGGUAGUUACCAGGGAAGCUGCUCCUGCAGCAGUUCCUGCGAAUACCAUGGCAACUGUUGCGAUGAUUAUUACUCGUACUGCUCAUCAACCACUGACCAGCAAGCUACAGAUGUGACAGAUUGGACACAUUUUCCACCAGUUGGACCCUGUGGUGGCGACUUUUACAAUAGCUCAGACACUUUCUACAGCCCCAACUAUCCAAACCACUAUCAUAACAAUGCCAACUGCAUAUGGUACAUUAGACCAAGCAGAGGCAUUGUGCAGCUGGAAUUUUCUAAUGUAGACAUUGAGUGUAGUUAUGACAACAUUCGGGUCUAUGAUGGCUCUAGCACCGGAUCCAGGCUUUUGGGAACAUAUUGCAGCUCUAGGAACACCAUUUUUUAUUCAACUGGUCGCCAUCUAACCGUGCACUUCACCAGUGAUGGCAUUGUCACUUUCUCAGGGUUCAGUGCCUACUACAGAGUAGUUGAUGAAGGCUCCUGCCAACAUAACUGUGACUAUCAGGUUGGAAACUGUUCUUGCUCUUCAUGGUGCAGAGACAGAGGAGACUGUUGUUGGGACUACGAGGCUUAUUGCCAGACGACAACCGGUGAACCUACAACUGCUCAGCCUUCUUGUCGCUACAACUGUGGCAGUCACUUAGGAAGCUGCUCCUGUUCAAGCUCUUGCCAAUACUAUGGCAACUGUUGCUAUGACUACUACGAUCACUGCUACACAACUCAUUCUCCUGUCACAGCUGAACAAUCAUGUAGGGACAUGUGUGGCAGUUACCCUGGAGGCUGUUCCUGUUACAGUGACUGCGAGUACUAUGGCAGCUGUUGCCAUGACUACUAUAACUACUGCCAGACAGCUCCUGCCCACACGACAGCUCAGCCCACAUGUCGCUACAACUGCGGUAGCCAUCAGGGAAGCUGUUCCUGCUACAGCUCCUGUGAGCACUACGGCAACUGCUGUCAUGACUACUACUCUUAUUGUGCAGCAUCUACACCUUCACCUUCAGGACCAUGCGGAGGCUCGUUGUUCGGCUCUGGCACCUUUUCCAGCCCUAAUUAUCCUUCUUACUAUUACGACAAUAGCUACUGUGUCUGGCAGCUCAGAGCUUCACAUGACCAAAGAAUCUACCUGGCCCUCACAUUCCUGCAGCUGGAAAACUGCUGCUCUUGUGACCACAUCUCAGUCUAUGAUGGACCGUCGAUCCAUUCGCCACAGUUGGGAAGGGUCUGCAACAACAACACCAGCUUGAGCGCUUUCUUUUCCACCUCCAACUACAUGACCGUCGUUUUCCAGACCGACGGCUCUGUGGUCGCCCGAGGAUUCACUGCAGAGUUCUUGAGCUCUUUGAAACCAAACUCAGGUCGAGUGGAUUGCUCCUCAGACAGCAUGCACAUUGUCCUGGACCGUUCUUAUCUAAAUUCAUUGGGUUACGACGGCCACAGUUUGUAUCUGAGGGAUCCUUAUUGCCGGCCACAAAUUUCCUACUACAACGUGGUCUUCAGUUUCCCGCUCAACACUUGCGGCAAUGUUAGAGAUGUUAUGAAUGACAGAAUUGUGUACACCAACAACAUCUACGCCUACUCCUCCAUCAAUGGAGAGAUCACACGGCAAUCUCAAUUCAAGAUGAACGUCACCUGCAUAAUGGAGCAGGACUCCAUUUCCCAGAUCAUGUUUGUUGCCGAUACCGGUUUGAACACCACCAUCACCGGCUCAGGCAGAUACAACACAAGCAUGGACUUCUACACGUCCAGCAGCUUCUACAAUAAGGUGACCCAAGUUCCGUAUGAAGUAAGCGUCAACGAAAACCUGUACGUCCAAGUGGACUUGAGAAGAGGUGACAGCUCUCUGGUACUCUUCAUCGACACCUGUGUGACUUCUCCAUCACCUUUUGACUUCUAUUCCAGACCUUACUUCCUGGUUAAAGAUGGAUGUCCUGUUGACAGCACCUACUACUCCAUUAGUAGUGGUUCUCAACCUCUGGCCCGUUUCAGCUUUAAGGCCUUCCAGUUCCUCCGAGCUACGGAUGAAGUGUACAUCCAAUGCAAAGUCCUGAUUUGUCCUGCCUCCGACUACAACUCCCGCUGCCGCCGUGGCUGCAGGAGACGAAACAAAAGAAGCCUGGGGUCGAACCACGACAGCCACACGCUGGUUGUGGGUCCCAUCAAGCUUAAAGAGCUUAAAGGUGAGGAAGGGGCUGAAAAGCAGAGUGAGGCUUAACUCCACUGCAGUCUACUUCAAUCAACUUUCCAUUACACUGAAUUAUACUCACCAUCUCUAUUCUUCUUCUACUUUCUUUUAACUUGAUUAAAGGCAUGAACAAAAAA